GUCGAGUCGCUGCCAACCGGGGACAACGCGUUUCGCUGUCGCUGUAUCCUGUGGUCGAACAGCUUUCGUCCGAUACUUUUCAACAUGUGGACGAGAUCAUUCAUAUUGCUCGCUAUGGUGGCGAUCGUUUUGGCACAACAAUGCAAGAAAGCCAUAAAGAAGAAGAAUCCGGAUGAUUGUGGAGAGUAUUAUCUCUGCCCUCACGGGCAACCGACAGAGAACCACUGCAGCCUGGGUCUGGCAUACAAUCAGGAGAAAGGAAUGUGCGAUUGGCCCGACCUUGUGGAAGAUUGCGAUGUUGAAAAAUACUUGGACUUCGAAUGCCCGGAUCCGUCCACCUACGACUCGCCUGGAACGAACAGAGCUUUCCCUCAUCCCUCCGAUUGUGCCAAACAAAUCGUUUGCGUUCCAUCCGCUUUCGAAGACUACAAACAAGUUCCUCGUGUAUUGAGCUGCGACAAGCCCGAGGUAUUCAACCCAGAGAUCGGCAAAUGUGAUUACUACAAGGAUGUCAAGGGAUGUGAAAAAUACUAUGAAAGCGUCAAGAAAGUUGCGCCUGUGAAGGAAGCCUCAGAAAUCGAAGCCGGAGCCAUUCCUGAGGCUCGCGUCGUCUCCAGAAAUCCAACUGCUAGACCUGUUCCCGAAGUGCGCAAAAGAGUGACAACGACGACGAAAAAGCCCGAAGAGCCGGAAUACGAGGACGAAGAAUAG